CAUACAAGAAUGCCCCCACAUUACACACACAGAGAGGUUGAAUUAUAAAAAAAGCAGGCUUUGUGGCACUGUAAACUCAAAUUCAAGAGAGGUUUCACAAGAAGCAUGCCAGCAACUUCGCAUCCCAGAACUUGAAGAUGGCACAAAACCCAUCAUUUCUGCAGAAGAAGGUCAUAAUACAGAAUAAGUAUGGCUAUAAACUAGUGGGCAUCUUACAUGAAUCUGGAACUGAAGAGAUUGUUCUCCUAUGCCAUGGGGGUCGAGCUUCGAAGGAAAACUUUAUCAUGACAAAUCUUGCAGCUGCUCUAGAGAAUGCAGGAAUCAGUUCUUUCCGGUUUGACUUCACUGGAAAUGGGGAAAGUGAAGGUUCAUUUGAGAUUGGUGGUUUCUGGAGGGAAGCUGAUGAUUUACAUGCUGUAGCCCAACAUUUUCUCAAAGCAAACCGGACAGUUAUUGCUAUUGUUGGCCACAGUAAAGGAGCUAAUGCAGCCAUUCUUUAUGCAUCAAAAUAUAAUGAUGUUAAAACAAUUGUGAACCUCUCUGGUACUCAUGAUUUGAAGGUAGGCCUUUUAAGUCGUUAUGGAAAAGAAUUUCUGGAAAGAAUCAGGAAGGAAGGUUUCAUUGAGUUGGAGGCAGCACCAGGAGGCAUCAAUUAUCGUAUAACUGAGGAAAGUUUGAAGGAUCGGUUAAGUAUAAGUAUGCUUGAAGAAUGUCUGCAUAUUGAUAAAGAAUGCAGGUUCUUUACAGUUCAUGGUAGUGCAGACAUCCAAAUCCCAGCUUUGGCUGCAGUUGAGUUUGACAAGAUCCUUCCUAAUCACAAGUUUCAUAUCAUAGAGGGAGCUGAUCAUGUAUAUAGUGAUCACCAAGAUGAAUUAGCCUCAGUUGUUGUGAACUUCAUAAACGAAACCUUGAACAAGGAUAAGGGUGCUUCUAGCUAGAUGUUGCAGCGUUAAGCCAAUUCAAUCUGCCACUGAUGAGCAAAUUUUCUGCUAUGGAUGAACCUGCCUAUGAUGUUCCACAACACGUGUUGAACUUUUCUGGAUUGUACUUAUUGAAUUAGUGAAUCUCUCAUCAUGGUUAAAAUGAUGGAGAGUUAAAUUAUUUAUGACAGUGCAAACAGUUUUCUCAAGUUAAUACCACAUUUGAAGAAUGUUGGAACAAA